UUGAGGGGACUUCCCAGCAAACAAUUUUGGUUUCAGUGCACGUACAUUUUUUCCCAUGUGUAGGCGAUAAGAUAUUGCUCAGGUAAUUGAAAUUCUGAUCGUAUUUUCCGUUAUUCGUUCAAAUUCAGAGAGGGACUACAUAAUAUAUCAAGAAGAAUGGCACUUCAAAUUCGAAAUUUGCCCGUCACAUUGCAAAAUCUUAUAACUGGAUUAAGGGAAGACAACGUAAUGUGUGCAAUUAUUGAUGGUCUCAUUACGGAAAGCCAAGAAGUAGUGGCAUCGUACGUCUCCGCAAUGGAGACAGAGGGGGGAAAUAUUCUUAGUGAAAAAUCAAACUUGAUUAGGAUAAGGCACCCGAGUGCUGUAGACGUUAAUCGAUUACAAUGUGCUUUAAAUGAAUUCAAAAUAGCAGUGUCCGGAGCUUUAAAACAAAUGAAAGUUCUAGAACAUAAAGUACAUGCUGGAAUAGGUAAAUGUCAGCAAAAACAGAGAGAUAACGAACGUGAUAUAAGUGCAAAGGAAAUAAAGAUAGAAGAACUUAAUACUGAAAUAACAAAUUUGAAACAGAAAAUAAAAGAUUGCGAAAGGCAGGCAACAAACAAUGAAAACGAAGCUAGAGAACUGAGCAACAAAGCCAGCAAAAUGGAGAAAGAAAAGGAGGAUGCUGAGGUGGCUAGUACUAUUGGUGGUUCAGUGGGUGUUACUGCGUCAAUCCUGUUAGCACCGUUUUCAGGUGGGGCGAGUCUUCUUAUGGCAGGUGCAGCUGCUUCUUGGGUUGGUGGAACCUUGCUGAUUGCUGACGAAUAUCGAUCAAAGGCCAGGACACUCGAGCGAUGUGCAAGUGACGAACGUUCAAAUGCAAGAAAAGCACGACAAAGAAAAGAUAAAUUGGUGAAUGAAAAGUCUUCGAUCCGUGACCAAAUAUCCGAUUUAAGGAAGAAGAAACGUAAACUGGAAAAUACUUGCAGAAUUCUUGAGCAAGUCAAUGAAUGUCUUUUGACAUACAUAGAACUGAUGAACAGCGUCGAAACACAUGUACAGGAUCUCGAUGCGUCAGUUCAUGGUGCCACCGUGCAUGGUGAAACAUUUGAUAUAAUAAAGAAUGCCCUUAAUGAAUGUCCAGAUUGCUUAGAGGAAGAAGCAAUGACUUGUAUGAUGGAGUUAAGGGAGAAGUGGCAAAUUGUCGAAAACGAAAUACUCAAAACAUUCAGGAGAGUUUAACUUGAAUGCUGAUGUAAGAGCUGGAAAUAUAGUUAUAGUUCGACUGUGUACAAAGAAAAGUUGACGGAAACACGUGUAUACACCAUGCUUUAUAAAUAUUGUUUGAGAGUGGAAGUUGAUAUUCUCAAUCUGUAGAACGCAUUUUUUUUUGUUCGCAUUCACUUUCGAAGUAUUCAUCUUGUAACAUAAUACCUUUCCGAGUAUCGUUGCCUAAAUUCAAUAUAAUAUUUCAAAAUAAUUGAUAGAAAAGAAAUCGCAUAAUGAAAUAUCAUUUUUAAAAUGAUGUUAUUCACUUUUUUGAAUAUACAGUAAAAUUAUAAAUAGGAAGUUAUUAUUAUCAAUCUGUUGAACGCAUUUUCUUUGUUCGCAUUCAUUUUCGAAAGAUUUACCUCGUAACAUAAUACCUUUCCGAGUAUUGUUGCCAAAAUUAAAUAUAAUAUUUCAAAAUAAUUGAUAGAAAAGAAAUACCAUGAUAAAAUAUUAUCAUUUUUAAAAUGAUGUUAUUUACCUUUUUGAAUAUACAGUAAAAUGAUAGAUGUUGUUGUUAAGAUCUUUUUAGAGAACGUUUAAAGGUUCAAAUAUAGCUACUUUAAACACGUUCAAACGCCAGGGUUUAUUACGAUGUUCCAUAAGGGCUUCUGUAUGCCGUAUUUAUCUACAGGGAAAAGGUGCGAAACAACGAUGACUAUAUCCUAGCUUAUCAAACACUGACAGGAUGGGCAGGUUUGUUUUACAAAUAUCUCACUGCAGUCUUCGAAAUCAUGGAAAAACAAGUGUGUAUUUUCGUAAAAUGAGUUUUGUUUAAGGGCUCAAAUUGACUUUGUUUACAGAAAAAGACUUAUACUUUAUUGACCUAUACUUUAUUGACUUGUAUAUAAUACAUCUUCAUACAUUCAUACAAAUACAAAACAAAAAAUACAAUGUAAUCACGUAAUUAUAUAGGUACAAUGACAUGCUGUUAUAUUUACAACAGACAGGUUCCCGAGGAUGGUUGUGUUCAAGUUAUAUGUGAAAUUGACAUUCUUACAGACACUGCGUGCUUUAUUUAUCUACAUAUAUUGAUAAUAUCCUCUCUAUUAAAUGAUUGGAAAAAUUGUACAAAUUAAAGCAUAUUUGGCG